AUGCUUGGUCACUUGUUCUUUGUUCGAAUGCUUGAAUAUCUCAACGCAGACGACGUCAUUGUCAACCUCGUCGAGCCGGGUAUGUGUAAGGGAUCAGGUCUGCACAGAGACAUUAGCGGUGGUGCCGGCGUCUUUCUUGACGUCUACAAGUCCCUGACCGGUCGCAAGCCUGAAGAUGGAGCAUGGACAUAUGUUGAUGCUGCCGUCGUGAAGGGUAAAGAGUCUCAUGGGAGCUUCUGCAUGGACUGGGAGAUUCACCCAUUCACUCAGUUGGUUUACCUUCCGGAAGGCCAAGCAAUCAUAGAUUCUAUAUGGGCAGAAACGAUGGACGAGUUUGAGUUUGUUGGAGCGCGCGCGAUCCUUGAGAAGUUCAAAGGAAAGGGCUAG